UAGUGGUGGUGGUGGUGGUGGUGGUGGUGGUGAUGUGGCAGCCUUGUAAUAUAAGAUGAAGUGUUUUGAGUUAAAUACGCAAUUUUUUUUUCUAGGCAUUUUGGAAUAGAAGUGAGAGUUUUUGGUGUUUUGAAAGGGAAUAGUCGUGCUUUCAGUGUUUUUUUUAAGUGAAUUCACCGUUUCUGUGGUGUUUUAAAAAGGCAGGGGAUGUUUUUUAUUAUUAUUUUUUAUUUUUUUGUUUUUUUUUUUAGAUUUUGGUGUUUUUCAAGUUUGUUUGGGUAGAAAUUGUUGUUUUUUUUCGCUGUCCUUGGGUAGGUGUUUGUCUCUUCUGGGGUGUUUUGAAAGGAAAUUCAGUGUUUUUAAGAGUUUUUGGCUAGAAAUGUGUGUUUUUUGGGUGUUUUGAAAGGAAAUUAAGUGUUAUUUAAGUGUUUUUUGGGUUUCUAGGUGUUUUUGGGAGUAAAAUUGUGUUUCUAGGUGUUUCUGGUGUGUAUGUGUGUGUGUGUGUGUGUGUGUGUGUGUGUGUGUGUGUGUUGCCUUAUCUUUCGUUGUACAUAUGCUUAUACAGUGUGUGUGUGUGUGUGUGUGUGUGUGUGUGUGUGUGUGUGUUGCCUUGUCUUUCGUUGUACAUAUGCUUAUACAGUGUGUGUGUGUGUGUGUGUGUGUGUGUGUGUGUGUGUGUGUGUGUGUGUGUGUGUGUUGCCUUGUCUUUCGUUGUACAUAUGCUUAUGCAGUGUGUGUGUGUGUGUGUGUGUGUGUGUGUGUGUGUGUGUGUGUGUUGCCUUGUCUUUCGUUGUACAGAUGCUUAUGCAGUGUGUGUGUGUGUGUGUGUGUGUGUGUGUUGAAAAUGUUCGCAAGAUGAUAUAUAAAUCUUUCAUUUACAACCACAAAAUGGUGAGUAAUGUUGAGAAGGAAGAAGAAAGGAAGAUUAUGAGGAAGAAGAGGAGGAAGAAGAGGAGGAGUAGGAUUUAAAUGAAGGAAAAUAACAGGGACAAAGUUUUAAAUCAUAUUAUUCGUUAUUUCUUUCUUUAUUCAGUAUUUCCUUAUUCCUUUCUUUAUUUUCGUUUACUUCCUCCUCUUAUCCCUUUUCUGCCAGAGGAGGAAGGGGAAGAGAGGAGGAUGAGGGUGAGGAAGACGAGGAAGAGGAAGAGGAUUAAAUUUAUUGCAUUUUUCUUAGACAGUCCUCAGGAUGUCAACAUUGUAUAAUGGUACAGUGUUGAGACAGGGACGGUCGCGUUAUAAUUCACUAAUUGAGGUUACUUUUGAUAAAUAAACAACUAGUACGGAGUCUUUUAAGUAUUUUACAUUAUCUUAUACCGGAAAAUAUUAAGGAAAAGUCGCGUAAAUAAGAAAAAAAAGGCAAAGAUUAGAGAUGUGGGAUUUUAUAACUUGUGGUAUCUUAAAAUACUAGUAUAAGAUAAACCCUAUGCAAAACGAAUAAUAUAACCUUUAUUAAUCAUCAUAACCUAGAAAACCGAUAAAUAUAUAUAUAAAAACCAGUGUAAUUAGUAAAAAACAAAAAAACUGUCCCUGGGAAGUGAGACGGCCCACAGAGUCGCGCCAAAAAACGUGGAUCUACAGGCCAGGCAUCUUAUGUUUAACCAGGUGUACAAGGUGCUGGCUUUCAAGGGCUCCUCCACACCUACAGACACACGCACACACCACCAGAUACAGGAAGAAUUAAUUGAUGAGCUACAGAACUACAGCAUCGUUCAGGUGGCAGCCGGAGACCAGCACUCUCUUGCUCUCACCUCCUGGGGCCUGGUCAUAAACAGUGCACACGCGGGACUGAGUCACUCGGUAAACACAGUGCAGCGGGCCGCGGGUGGCGCCAAGCAGUGCGCUGUGGUGGCCAGGGGACAGAGUAUGCCUUGUGCGGGAAUUUUAAUCAAUUUUAUCUAGGCACGGGGUGACAAUGGGUACGGUCAGCUUGGCGUCAACUCCUGCGACAGUCACACCGCCACACGCAAGCUUGUCAAGAGUCUGGCCAGGAAGGUGACAGUGCAGCUGGCCUGUGGCGCCAACCACACCCUUGCCUUGACUGCUGAUGGUGACAAAAUACCUUGGGCCAGUUGGCACUUAGACACUGACAGGGGCCCCAGAAGGACCCUGCCCUGGUGACCUCCUUGGCUGGCACCCUCUUAGUCCUGCUGGCCGCUGCGGGUCACCACUCUGCUGCCAUGACCCAGGCCGGCUACCUGCUGUUGUGGGGGUCAAACAAGCAGGGUCAACUGGGCUAUACUCCCAAGGGUGAUCCUCUUGUUAGUGACACCCCAGCGUUGGUGCCGAAUUUUGCCUCUUAUUCUGAACCAAUUGGGUAUGUGGCACUUGGAGAGAGCCACACAGCGGCACUCGACUCUUUAGGGAAGGCUCCUCCUUGGCCAAUCAGCACCGAGGCAAAGUUGAUUGAUAUACAGGUGUGAAUUCAGCUGCCUCCUCGCUGUUCCCGUUGCCAGGAUACCAUGUGAUCGAGGCAGUGUUGGGGAAGGUGAAAUUAUCCAUCAGGUGUGACGUGUGCUGCUUCACUCCAUCCCAUGAACAGUUGCCCACAGCAAUCUCUACCACAUCAGGCCUGACAUACUUCAUUGUGAUCAGGGAGUAGAGUUUCAUCAGGAAGAGAGGCUGUGUCACUACCUGUAAGCCUGACGAGGUGUUUAAUCAGGAAGAGGGGCCGAGUCUUGCUACCUGUAAGCCUGACAAGAGGAGUCAAGGAAUUUUUCAUUGCAAUCAAGGAAGAGUCAAGUUGUAAGAAGAUUGUAAGGCAAGAAUUUUAAGCAGGAAUAAUUGUCAAGCAGUUAACAGCAGGAAGAAUGCAGCGAGAAAAGGGUACAAGAGUUUUCAAGUAAGAAGAUUGUAAGGCAAGAAUUUUAAGCAGGAAUAAUUGUCAAGCAGUCAACAGCAGGAAGAAUGCAGCGAGAAAAGGGUACAAGAGUUUUCAAGUAAGAAGAUUGUAAGGCAAGAAUUUUGAGCAGGAAGGAUAUUGUUAAGCAGUUUAGCAGCAGGAAGAGUCCCUUCAAGCUGUUGGUGGGAGUGACAAGCAUCCUUCAGGACUUGCAAAGGCUGAAGUCCUCAACACUAGUCUCACUCAAGUUGACACAGGAGCUCUCUGACACAAGGAAAACAAAUCAUUUAUCCUAUUGUGUAUUUAUUAAACUUUUGUGAUUAAACAAUAAUGAUUAAACAA